GAUCAGGUAGCCACUAUGGCCAUGGCCCGCAUCAUUGACCUGGUGCCCUGGGAGGAUGGCUCUGCCCACGUGUACGCGUCCCCAGCCAUCCUGAUCCCCAUGGAGCGGCAGAGAAACCAGUUGGCGGGCGUGAAGCAGCAGAUCUACCACCCGGCCCUGCCCAGCCUGCGCCGCAUGGACAUGGACUCUGUCAGGGCCUGCCUGUCGGACGAGCACUGCCAGUCCACUACCUACUGCCGCAAAGCUGACUUUGACAAUGCCUACUACACACUCCUCGGGGUCCCCAACAAACCCCUGCAGUGCUUGGACAUCACCGGGACUGGCCAGAGGCUCCGCCGCAGGUGCCGCGAGGGAAACCUCGUGCCCAUCGCUCGGGGCAUCAACCGAGUGGACUGGCCCUGUUUCACGCGCGCUAUCGAGGACUGGUCCCGUUUCGUGUCCUCUGCCGGCGAGUUCAAACUGCCCUGCCCGAGCAAGAGGGGUCAGUCUGCCCUGCGCGGAGGACGCCCUGGGGCGCGACAGACCCGGAGCUACUGUCUCAACCAGAACCCCAGCCUGGACCGCUAUGGACAGAAGCCCCUGCCUUUCGAUUCCCUGAAUGCUUUCCGAUGCUUCGGCUCCAGAUACAGUCGUGUCAACUACCUAAUCCCUUGGCGUUAAUCUGUGAAAAGGAGGCUGAUCCUCGGCUGCUGGACCAUGCCGCCGCAAGUUUCCCAGCUGAACAGAGGAUGUAUGUUAGCAUCCCCCAUCUCCCUAAGAGUUCAGCCUUACUGGAAAUAAACCUAAUGCUCCC